UAAAAAGGAAAAAAAGAAAAGAAAAAGGAAAAAUGCAGCGCAGCGUCUCACCUAACAUGCUCUGCUUAUUGCCUCUCUAACGUUACUAAAACUAAGCAUAACUUGAAUUCAAUCUGCUCUGCCAUAGCCACAACCGUAACCAUAACAAUGAACAUGCUUCCACUGCAAGUCAGCACAAACCCUCACCCUCAUCCUCCAUCGCUUCUUCUGAGCAGCUCCAACAAUUGUUCCUUCUGUCCCACCCCUCGCUCCCUCUACAACAGCAAAAGCAAGCUCUACCAUUUUCGCUCCAUCGUUGGAACCCUAAACUUUAGGGUUUUCGCAGUGUCUGGUAACUCCGCAUUCAAGAUGAACUUGAACGAGUACCUCGUCACUCUCGAGAAGCCCCUCGGCAUCCGAUUCGCUUUAACUUCUGACGGCAAAAUCAUCGUCCACUCUCUCACCAAAGGGGGUAAUGCGGAGAGGUCCAGGAUAAUUAUGGUGGGCGACACUUUGAAGAAAGCCGGCGAUUCGUCUCAGAACAGUCUCGUUGAGAUUAAAGACGUUGGAGACACACGGAAAGUGCUAAAUGAGCAAACAAAUUCUUUUAGCUUGGUUCUUGAGAGGCCUACCAAUCCUUUUCCCAUUCAACUGCUGCAUAAGAUGAAUGAUCUUGAAAUAGUUUUUAAUAGAGGUCGAGUUCCUGUUGUCACAUGGAACAAGACCCUAUUGGCAUCAAAUUUACAAUCAUCUAGUAAAAGCUGUGGGAAUUCUGGAUUUUUGAUGUUCAACUCAAAGUUUCUCAAACCGAAUGGAAGCAAGUUGUUGAACAAUCUAAAUCAACAUACCAUCACACAUGGUGAGAGAAACUUCUUUACUGAACACAAAACACAACUUGCUUGUGUUUUUAGCGAAAAAGUGUGUGGAGAUGGAGAUUGGGCUCAUGGAAGUUUUCCACUUGAGGAAUAUAUUCAGGCUCUGGAUCGUUCCAAGGAUGAGAUGUACUACAAUCACUCCCUUGGUAUGCGCUAUAGUAAGAUUACAGAGCAAAUCUAUGUGGGAUCCUGUAUACAAACUGAAGAUGAUGUUGAAACCUUGUCAAAAGAUGAGGGAGUUGCUGCUGUUCUGAACUUCCAAAGUGGAACUGAAGCUGAAAAUUGGGGAAUCAAUGUAAAAUCAAUCAAUGAAUCUUGUCAAAGGAAUAAUAUUCUCAUGAUCAACUAUCCUAUACGGGAGGGAGAUUCUUAUGAUAUGAGAAAAAAGCUGCCAUUUUGUGUGGGGCUUUUAUUAAGGUUGCUAAGGAAGAAUCUUCGUGUUUUCGUGACUUGCACUUCUGGAUUUGAUCGGUCUCCUGCUUGUGUUAUUGCAUACCUACAUUGGAUUACAGAUGUUUCCCUUCAUGCAGCCUAUACUUGGGUCACUGGCAUACACACAUGCAGACCUGACAGGCCGGCAAUUGCAUGGGCAACAUGGGAUCUUAUAGCUAUGGUUGAAAGUGGCAAACACGAUGGACCUCCCACACAUGCUGUCACAUUUGUGUGGAAUGGUCAUGAGGGAGAAGAUGUAACUUUGGUAGGAGACUUUACUGGUAAUUGGAAAGAACCAAUCAAGGCAAAGCACCAGGGUGGACCAAGACAUGAAGUAGAAGUUAGACUAGCACAAGGAAAGUAUUACUACAAAUUCAUUGUAAAUGGACAAUGGAAGCAUUCAACUGCUUCACCAGCUGAAAGGGAUGAAAGGGGAAAUGUUAACAAUAUAAUUGUGAUUGGUGAAACUGCUAGCGUUCUGCCUUCUGUUCAGCACCAGCAAAAGGAUGCCAACGUUAUCAAGGUGAUUGAAAGGCCUUUGAAUGAAAAAGAGCGGUUUAUGUUGGCAAAAGCAGCUCGUUGUAUUGCUUUCUCUAUCUGCCCUAUCAGAUUAGCUCCCAAAUAGUUGCAUAGAAGUAUCACAAUGUACAGAAUUGCAGUUGUUGUACAUGUUACUGGGGCCAUAAAAUUUGGUCAGUGUGAGGCUGAGGGCACAUAGCAAGAGUAAUCAUACGUUAGGGUAUGUCUUGGCAUUCAACUCUUGUGAAAUAAAUGAGUGGUAAUGCUCAUUGCAAUGCUGUUACUUGUGUCUCUUCUUGCCUGCCUGUGCUUCUCCCUUUAUUUAAUUUUCGUAUUAAAUACUCAAUAAUCAUGGUAUGAAUUCACAUGAAGUACUGGCUAUUUACCAAAUGAGUAAUUUGCUAUAAUGGAUUUUGACUAGAUAUCGUCAUUUGAGUCUUUUGGCCAAAUGACAAGUUUUAGCAUGGUACUUGUGCUUAGGUGAAGGCACCAUACCAUUUUAUGUAAUGUUGAGUUAUGGUGGAGGUUUUUUUUGUAGUACUACUGUUGUUACUUGAGCUGGUACUUGUCCUUUUUUUCUUCUCCCUAUUCAAUUAUUGCAUUCUGGACCAUAUGAUUCCAUAAUUUCCUAGUUUAUGUUUGUCUUGAUGAAUUGCUUUGCUUGAAUAAGCAAACUUGUCUGCAU